AUGGCUAUGCCUAUCCCUCCACCGCUUCUUCACACCCGUUCAGGGAAUGAGAGGUUUGACCGCCCUCAAACACCCACCUCACCAGGUCAUGGCUUCACCAGUCCUGUUCAGACACCUCAAGGCAGUCCAAGCAAGAAACAAUUGCCUCCAGGUGCAAAUGAUCUGCCUAACGUCUUUGACAAUGCCAUGAAACUCGCUGCUCCAAUGUCUCCGACCAAGAGCCAGCCUCAAUCCCCCUCCAAAUUCGAGAAUGUCAACAAAGAUCCCUUUGCAGACCAGACCGCUCAACACUAUGGCCGAUCCGAGAGUCCAACUCGUCAGUCAAACAAGGAAAACGCCCCAUCUAGUCCAGGAAAGUAUGGAGUCGAUGCACAUCAAAACCAUGCUGCCAUGUCCCGACAUGGACAAUAUCACAAGUCGGAGAAAUCCAAGACAAUCACCAAAGGUUUGACCACCGAAGAACUUCAAAAGUUGCAACUUCCAAAGGUCAAGCGACUGGCCAAUGUCACUCAAUUGUACUUCCUCGAUCAUUAUUUUGAUCUCCUCUCCUAUGUCCACAAUCGUCAAUCAAGAGAAGCCAAUUUCAAGUCUACAUUUCCUGCACCACCAGAAACUCCUCAACAAGAAUACGAUGCUGCACUUCACAAGUACCUUGGUCGUGAGCGAGCCAAUCUGCGAAAGCGAAGAACUCGUCUCAGACAUGGUGAUUUCCAAAUCUUGACUCAGGUUGGCCAGGGUGGUUAUGGUCAAGUUUAUCUUGCUCAGAAGAAGGAUACUAGAGAAGUCUGCGCUCUCAAGGUCAUGAGAAAGAAACUGCUCUUCAAACUGGACGAAGUACGACAUAUUCUGACCGAGCGUGACAUCUUGACUGCUGCCAAGUCCGACUGGUUGGUCAAACUACUCUACUCUUUUCAGGACGAUGAACAGAUUUAUCUGGCCAUGGAAUACGUGCCGGGUGGUGAUUUCCGAACUCUUCUCAAUAAUACUGGUGUACUCCACAACAGACAUGCGCGCUUCUACAUCGCUGAAAUGUUUUCAUGCGUCGAUGCCCUCCACACUCUGGGUUACAUUCAUCGAGAUUUGAAACCAGAGAACUUCUUGAUUGAUGCUACUGGCCACGUCAAGUUGACUGAUUUUGGUUUGGCUGCUGGAAUGUUGAGUCCAAUCAAGAUUGAGAGCAUGAGAAUCAAACUUGAAGAGGUUGGAAAUACCGCAGUUCCCUUUGGGAUGCAGCCCAUUGAAGAUCGAUCAGCAGAUCAACGAAGAGAAGGUUAUCGUUCACUACGGAAGAGAGAUGUCAACUAUGCUAAGUCCAUUGUUGGCUCACCUGACUACAUGGCUCCAGAGGUCCUCAAAGGUGAUCAGUACGACUUUACCGUUGAUUACUGGUCCCUGGGUUGCAUGCUUUUCGAAGCUCUCGCUGGGUACCCUCCAUUUGCAGGUGCCACUGUUGAUGAAACUUGGCAGAAUUUGAAGAGAUGGCAACGAGUUCUUCGAAAACCCAUCUAUGACGAUCCAAACUACUUCUUGAGCAAGCGGACCUGGGAUCUCAUCACUCGUCUUGUUGCUGCCAAGGAUCAUCGCUUCAAGAACAUCUCCGAGAUUCAUAAGCAUGAUUACUUUGCCGAGGUUGACUUCAGCAGUCUGCGAGAUCAGAAAGCUCCAUUUGUUCCUGAGCUUGACUCGGAGACUGAUGCAGGGUAUUUUGAUGACUUUGGCAAUGAGGCUGACAUGGCCAAGUACAAGGAGGUUCAUGAUAAGCAGAGAGCUUUGGAAGACAUGGCGGAUCGAGAUGAGAAGAUGAAUAAGGGUUUGUUUGUUGGAUUUACUUUCAGACAUCGAAAACUCGAGAACGAAGGAGGUAGUCCUCGGAAGCGAAUCGAGACCGAUGGAACAUUCGGAACUAUCUUCUAG